GCACUUCCGUGUCCAGAGGGCGGUAUAUAAUCUCCUUUCGUCUUCUAUCUGCUGCUCAUCGUAGACUCAACCCUGCAUCUCCCUGCUGACAAUUGAGCAACUGUAUCCAUUAUACGAACUGUUUUCUGUAUCAUACUGCGAUAUUGAACCGCCAUCAUGGGUAAAGACGAUGAGCCAAGUAUGAACCCAGGCACCUAUUUGCCCAUUUCCAUAGCUGGCAGCUGGUACAUAUCUUUGGAGAUCUGGAUAAGUAACUGACGAUGACUUCCUUUCUUCCAGAGACCUACCGCUACAAUGAGAACCCGACCUACACUACGUCCAAUGGCUGCCCGGUCAUGGACCCAGAAGCUUCAUUGCGGGUUGGUGCAAAUGGACCCCUUCUGCUCCAGGACUUCCACUUGAUCGACCUGCUAGCACACUUCGAUCGAGAGAGAAUCCCGGAGCGGGUUGUUCAUGCAAAGGGUGCUGGAGCUUAUGGAGAGUUUGAAGUCACAGACGACAUCAGUGACAUUACUACUAUUGACAUGCUCAAGGGUGUUGGAAAGAAGACCAAGUUGGUCUCACGGUUCUCUACAGUCGGUGGGGAGAAGGGUUCAGCAGACAGUGCUCGUGAUCCUCGCGGUUUCUCACUCAAGUUCUAUACAGAGGAAGGUAACUGGGACUGGGUAUUCAACAACACUCCAGUGUUUUUUGUCCGUGACCCAUCCAAGUUCCCUAUCUUCAUCCACACUCAAAAGAGGAACCCUCAGACCAAUCUGAAAGAUGCUACUAUGUUCUGGGACUAUUUGUCAACCCAUCAGGAGUCUGUUCAUCAGGUCAUGCAUCUGUUCAGUGACCGCGGUACUCCAUACUCCUAUCGCCACAUGAACGGCUACUCUGGGCAUACCUACAAGUGGAUAAAGCCAGAUGGAACCUUCAACUAUGUCCAGAUUCACUGCAAGACCGACCAGGGAAGCAAGACCUUCACCAAUGAAGAGGCUGGCAAGCUCGCCUCAGAGAAUCCUGACUGGCAUACGGAAGAUCUCUUCAACGCCAUCGAGAAGGGCGAAUACCCUUCCUGGACCUGUUAUGUCCAGGUCCUCAGCCCUGAGCAGGCUGAAAAGUUCCGUUGGAACAUAUUUGAUCUAACCAAGGUCUGGCCACAGAGCGAGGUUCCGCUGCGUCGCUUCGGCCGAUUUACCCUGAACAAGAACCCGCAGAACUACUUUGCCGAAAUCGAACAGGCAGCCUUCUCACCUUCGCACAUGGUUCCUGGCGUGGAGGCUUCUGCCGAUCCAGUGCUGCAAUCCCGUCUAUUCUCCUACCCAGAUACGCACCGUCACCGCUUGGGAGUCAAUUAUCAGCAAAUCCCGGUCAACUGUCCUCUCCGUGCCUUCAACCCCUACCAGCGUGAUGGUGCCAUGACUGUCAACGGCAACUAUGGCGCGAAUCCUAACUACCCAUCAACUUUCCGUCCGUUGACCUUCCGUCCUGUCAAAGCCAGCCAGGAGCACGAGAAAUGGGCCGGUGCAGCAGUCGCCAGGCAAAUCCCCGUCACGGACGAGGACUUCGUCCAGGCCAACGGCCUCUGGCAGGUCCUGGGCCGUCAGCGUGGACAGCAGGACAACUUUGUCAACAACGUGGCUAGUCAUCUGUGCAACGCUCACGAGAGAGUCCGUAAGCAGACUUACGGAAUGUUCACCCGCGUCAACAAGGAUCUCGGUGCACGAAUCGAGAAAGCUACCGAGGCCAAUGUCAAGAAACAGUCUCACAUCCCCGCGCGUCUGUAGAUACUAUGAGCAAACAAUAAAACUGGAAUAUUC